AUGGCUGAUUGUGGUGAGUAUUUUGUGUUGCUUCUCUUGUGGCUAGCCUCAAUCUUCUUGUUACGUGUAAUCCUCAGGAAGGUUGGUAUGAGGGCACGCCUACCACCAAGUCCUACACCCCUCCCUGUAUUAGGACACCUCCACCUCCUCACCAACCUCCCCCACCAAGCAUUUCACGCCAUCUCCUCACGCCAUGGCCCUCUGGUCUACCUCGUCUUUGGUUCCAACCCCUGUGUUCUUGUUUCAUCGCCCGAAAUGGCAACUCAGUGCCUCAAAACCAACGAAUCAUGCUUCCUAAACCGACCCAAAAGAACAAACUUGGACUACAUCACAUACGGUUCUUCAGAUUUUGUGCUGGCACCCUAUGGACCUUAUUGGAGGUUCAUGAAAAGGGUUUGCAUGACUGAACUCCUCGGAAGCCGCAUGCUUCGCCACCACCUUCCCAUCAGAGCUCAGGAGACAAGGCUGUUCUUGAACACCAUCAUGCAAAAGGCUGGUUCGAGAGAGGACGUGAACGUGGGCAAGGAGCUAGCCAUGCUCACCAAUAACAUAAUCACCAGAAUGGCUUUGAGAAGAAGGUGCUGUGAUGAUGUUGAAGGAGAAGGGCACCAGUUGAUUCAGCUCGUGAAAGAGAUGACUGUGCUUGGUGGGAAGUUCAACUUGGGAGACAUGUUGUGGUUUGUUAAGAAGCUGGAUUUGCAGGGGUUUGGUAAAAAGCUUGAGAGUGUUCGAAGUAGGUAUGAUGCCAUAAUGGAGAAGAUCAUAAAGGAACACGAAGAUGCAAGAAGAAACAAGAGUGGUGAUGGAGAUGAAACAGUGAAGGAUUUACUUGAUAUUCUGCUUGAUAUCUAUGCUGAUGAACAUUCAGAGAUUAGAUUAACCAGAGAAAAUAUCAAGGCCUUCAUUAUGAAUAUGUUUGGUGCUGGAACUGAGACAUCAGCCACUACAAUAGAAUGGGGUUUGGCUGAGCUAAUCAACCAUCCAGAAAUGAUGGUAAAAGCAAGGGAAGAGAUUGAAUCAGUGGUUGGUAAGAAGAGAUUGGUGGAGGAAUCAGAUAUCCCUAACCUUCCUUAUGUUCAAUCCAUAGUGAAGGAAACAAUGAGGCUUCACCCCACAGGACCUUUGAUAGUGAGGCAAUGCACUGAAGAUUGUAAUGUUAAAGGGUAUGAGAUUCCUGCAAAAACCACUGUGUUUGUGAAUGUUUGGGCCAUUGGUAGGGAUCCAAAGUACUGGGAAAACCCACUUGAGUUUAAGCCAGAGAGGUUCCUUGAUGAAGAGGGACGAAUCCCUUUGGAUCUGAAGGGACAGCAUUUUGAACUUUUGUCCUUUGGAGCUGGGAGAAGAAGCUGCCCUGGUGCUUCACUGGCUUUGCAGAUCAUUCCCACAACACUGGCUGCAAUGAUUCAGUGUUUUGAAUGGAAGGUUGGUGAAGAUGGGAAAGGAGUGGUUGACAUGGAAGAGGGACCUGGAAUGGCUCUUCCUAGGGCACAUCCCUUGCUAUGUGUUCCUGUCGUUAGGUUUCCUCCUUUGGUUUAAGGGUAUGUUAAGAUCAACUUUUUCCUAAACAUCUGCACCAAAAAGAAGAUUAAGAAAAUAAGAUGAUAUCAAGUAUCGAUGAAAA